AUGGAUGCUGCAAGCGAGGAGAGUGCCAAGCCGGCGAAACGGCUGACGAGGAGCAUCAGCAGCAACCGGGUCGGGGCGCGGAGCCGGUCCGGCAGGAGGUGGUCGUCGUCCUCGGACGUGGAGAUAGAGACGGCGGCGGGAGGAAGCACCCCCACCGCGCUGCUCAGCCGGAGCUACUCUGCCGCCGCGGCGCCGGUCGUCGACGAGGGCGGCGGCGCGAAGCAGCAAGCGCGUGGCGAGGGGACGGAGCGCAGGCGGGAGGGGAAGCUGGGAGCGAGCGCGCGUCUUUCCCGGAAGAUCAAGGAGCAGCGGGCGCGGUUCUACAUCGUUCGCCGCUGCGUCUCCAUGCUCGUCUGCUGGCGCGACGCUGACGCCGCCGCCGACUACUAGCUCCGUCGGUCCAUCAGUCGUCGCCAUUAGGGAUUCCGCAUGCAUGCCGUAUAGUAAUCAUGCCGGCCGCCGGCCUCCAUUGUUCCCUUCCUUAAUAUUUUCUUCCUUUCUUGAUUUCCUUAAGUAGUUUAAAUUUACUCCUUGUUUGGGAUCUAUGAGACGAUUUUCGCCUACUUCGU